GACAGUAUUCAUAUGUCUAUGGUGUUACUGUGCCAGGUCAACAACAUCCUUUAUGACAGUAUUCAUAUGUCUAUGGUGUUACUGUGCCAGGUCAACAACAUCCUUUAUGACAGUAUUCAUAUGUCUAUGGUGUCACUGUGCCAGGUCAACAACAUCCUUUAUGACAGUAUUCAUAUGUCUAUGGUGUCACUGUGCCAGGUCAACAACAUCCUUUAUGACAGUAUUCAUAUGUCUAUGGUGUUACUGUGCCAGGUCAACAACAUCCUUUAUGACAGUAUUCAUAUGUCUAUGGUGUUACUGUGCCAGGUCAACAACAUCCUUUAUGACAGUAUUCAUAUGUCUAUGGUGUCACUGUGCCAGGUCAACAACAUCCUUUAUGACAGUAUUCAUAUGUCUAUGGUGUCACUGUGCCAGGUCAACAACAUCCUUUAUGACAGUAUUCAUAUGUCUAUGGUGUCACUGUGCCAGGUCAACAACAUCCUUUAUGACAGUAUUCAUAUGUCUAUGGUGUCACUGUGCCAGGUCAACAACAUCCUUUAUGACAGUAUUCAUAUGUCUAUGGUGUCACUGUGCCAGGUCAACAACAUCCUUUAUGACAGUAUUCAUAUGUCUAUGGUGUUACUGUGCCAGGUCAACAACAUCCUUUAUGACAGUAUUCAUAUGUCUAUGGUGUCACUGUGCCAGGUCAACAACAUCCUUUAUGACAGUAUUCAUAUGUCUAUGGUGUUACUGUGCCAGGUCAACAACAUCCUUUAUGACAGUAUUCAUAUGUCUAUGGUGUUACUGUGCCAGGUCAACAACAUCCUUUAUGACAGUAUUCAUAUGUCUAUGGUGUCACUGUGCCAAGUCAUAGUUCUCGCUGACAUCAUUAGUACAAAAAAAAAGAUUUUUAUAUAUAUUUUUUUUAUAAUGGUGCAGAGCAAUAUUGGACCUAGUUGAAAAUGUUUGCCUAAUAUAACUUCAGUUAAUAAUAAUCAUUAUUAUAGAACAAUUUUAGCACCUUUUCUUGGCAAAUGAAUAUGCAGGCCAAAAUGUCUCACUACAACAUUUUAUAGGGCAGCAGCUAGCCGAGCAGUUAAGGUUACUAGUUCAAAUCCCCCAGCCGACUAGGUAAAAAAAAUAAUCUGUCAACGUGCCCUUGAGCAAAGCACUUAACCCUGGUUCCUCUUGAAAGAGGCUCUAAGUGUCUGCUAAAUUAUAUAAAUGUUUAUCUGAUUCAUACAUUCGCAUCUUACAAUGCGUUGCAACCUAAUUCGUUUUGUAAAAUUGCAUCGGCCCACAUUGUCAACUGUACUGAUUGGUGAAGAUAGGAUCACAUGACAUUUUGGUGAAAAACAUGAAACAACAUGUAUGUAACAUUUAGAAGUAGCCUUGACGGCCUCAUAGGACCAGGAUGUACAAGUACACCCCCAGGAAACAAUCACAAGGCCUUAGGUGACAGGUAGCCUAAUGGUUAGAGCAUUGGACAAGUGACUGAAUGGUUGCAAGAUCAAAUCCCCGAGCUGACAAGAUAAAAAUCUGUUCUGCCUCUGAACAAGGCAGUUAACCCACUGUUCUUAGGCUGUCAUUGAAAAUAAGAAUUUGUUCUUAAAACUUCUUAUGGCUUAGAUCCCGUUAAUGGGAUCGAUAUGACAACAGCCAGUGAAAGUGCAGGGCGCCAAAUUUAAAACAACAGAAAUCUCAUAAUUAAAAUUCCUCAAACAUAAAAGUAUUUUAAACCAUUUUUAAAGAUAAACUUGUUGUUAAUCACCAGUGUCCGAUUUCAAAAGGGCUUUACAGCGAAAGCACACCAAACGAUUAUGUUAGGUCUGCACCUAGUCACAGAAAAACACAGCCAUUUUUCCAGCCAAAGAGAGGAGUCACAAAAAGCAGAAAUGCAGAUCAAUUAAUCACUAACCUUUGAUGAUCUUCAUCAGAUGACACUCAUAGGACUUCAUGUUACACAAUACAUGUAUGUUUUGUUCGAUAAAGUUCAUAUUUAUAUCCAAAAAUCCAUAUUUAUAUCCAUUACGUUCAGUAAUGUUUUGCUUCCAAAACAUACGGUGAUUUUGCAGAGAGCCACAUCAAUUUAAAUAAAUACUCAUAAUAAGCAUUGAUAAGAUACAACUGUUAUGCACGGAACAUUCGAUAAACUUCUCCAAAAUGCAACCGCGGUGUCAGAUUUCAAAAAAGCUUUUCCGAAAAAGCACACCAUGCAAUAAUCUGAAUACGGCGCUCAGACACAAAAACGAGCCAUACAGAUAUCCGCCAUGUUGUGGAGUCAACAAAGUCAGAAAUAGCAUGAUAAAUAUUCACUUACCUUUGAUGAUCUUUAUCAGAAUGCACUCCCAGGAAUCUCAGCUCCACCAUAUAUGUUUGAUUUGUUUGAUAGUCCAUAAUUUAUGUCCAAAUACCUCCUUUUUGUUCGCACGUUUAGCCCAGUAAUCCAAAUUCAUGAGGCGCAGGCAGCCAAAGUCCAAAAGUUCCAUUACAGUCUGUAGAAACAUGUCAAACGAUGUAUAGAAUUAAUCUUUAGGAUGAUUUUAUCAUAAAUCUUCAAUAAUGUUCCAACGCAAGCUAACUCUCACGUGAACACGCGUGGUCAGCUCAUGGCACUCUGGCAGACCUCUGACUCAUUCAGCUCCCAUUCCCCCCUCCUUCACAGUAGAAGCAUCAAACAAAAUUCUAAAGACUGUUGACAUCUAUUGGAAGCCUUAGGAAGUGCAAUAUGACCCCAUAGACACUGCAUAUUCGAUAGGCAAUGAGUUGAAAAACUACAAACCUCAGAUUUCCCACUUCCUGGUUGGAUUUAUUUCUCAGGUUUUUGCCUGCCAUAUGAGUUCUGUUUUACUCACAGACAUCAUUUAAACAGUCUUAGAAACUUCAGAGUGUUUUCUAUUCAAAUCUACUAAUAAUAUGCAUAUAUUAGCAACUGGGCCUGAGUAGCAGGUAGUUUACUCUGGGAACCUUAUUCAUCCAAGCUACUCAAUACUGCCCCCAGCCAUAAGAAGUUAACUGACUUGACUAGUUUAAUUUUUAUUUUAUUUUUUAAAUCUCCUUAAUGCUGAGUGCCAAGCUGAGACACAUUGGGUCCCAUUUGUACGGUCUUUGGUAUGAAUCGGUCAGUGCUCAAACUCCCAACCUAUUCAAUCUCACAACAGAUACCCUUAACCACAAGGCCACUGAGUAGGUGUGUAACAUUAUCCUCAUUGUU